CCAGCCAAUUUUAUUUCUCCUCCACUACGUCCCUUCCGGGGUUCCGUACUAGGUGGAGGUAAUUUGGUAAUUUAAAAAAAUGUAACAUGUUUCUCUUUAUCAUCAUUUAGUGAGAGAAAAGUUCUCCAUUCCUGCUAGCAACAUUACAGUGGAAGAUGACUCUGGCACGGAGGUGGAUGAAACUGUGUUUGCAGAAUUGUCUGCAGUGGCAGGGAUUUGCUUUGUUGUGAAGGACGGUUUGGAUCACGACACAUCUCGGUCAUCAACUCCAUCUGCACCGCUGUCAUACAGUGAGAGUUCCCUCUCUGUUUUGAGUAGUGGCAGUGACAGUGACUUGUCAAGACAACCCAAACGAAUGAAAAUUGAUGAAGAGCCAUUACAGAGUGCUUUGGCCAAAGAUCUUAUAAAGCAGAUCCUCCAAACAAAAUCAGGAGGGACAAAAGUGUUGGAAGAAUAUGACGAAACUGGGACAUUGUGUGACAGUACAAGAAGGCAAAUGGUUAACAUUCUUGCUGCCUACAUGGUUGAAAUGGAAGGGAGAAUCCCUCAGCGGAGUACUAAAGAAAAAUAUGCAUUGGGAAUUGUCACCUUGUUCCCUGCAUUAAAAGAUCCCUUUUCAACAAAAGGAUAUGAACAUUUUUAUGAUGGCCAAAGUGGCUCUGGAUUUCUUGCGUGGAGGUUAAAGACAAUUCAACGAAAGACUAAAAUUGAGUUCAGAGAGUUUAAAAUACAGAAUGCAGGAGCAGGUGGUCCAACCCAGGAAAGGGAGCUGCCUUCGGCUGCUGAUCAGUUGGAUGAAGAACGUUGUAAAGAGUUAAUUUCCUUAAUGAACCACACCACUGACCGAGAAACUGUCCUGCAAAAGAUGAAGGAGACCUUCUGCUAUAGACAGCGCCUUAUCUACAAUCCUGACGAGUCGCACAACAUCCUCACAGUGUUUCCAAGGCUGUUGGACACGAAAGGGCUGAUAGAUCAAGAUUUUAGCCUCCUAUUUGGUGCAGAAACAGCUGCCAAACUGCUUGAGAAGUGGCCUACCUUCUUUAAGGAAAAAGUGAUCAGAGAAGCAGAGAGACUUACUACCACCUCAGUGCUCCAAAGCUUGCUGAAUUCAGCCAGGAAUCUGUACAAUGAUGAGUCUUCCGAGGAUCAUCGAGAGUGGGACAGUGAUAUGGCAUCUUUUUUGCUGCUCCUGCACCUUCUACCACCUCAGCCUUCUAAAAAGAAAAAACAGAAGAUCAGUGCAGCUCAGGCCAUGGAACAUCUAGUUGUGUUUCACAAGUCAAACAACAGUUUUGAAGAACACUUCGCAAAACAGGAGGGACAUCGCCAACCAUACCUCCUUGCUUCAGGAAUGCACAAGAGCGCCAUCAGCAAUUACUUUAUUGCAAUGGACAAGAUGAUCAUCCCAUGCCAGGGAACCACCUCGUUGGCAGCCAUUGAUGAACUGUUUAAAGCACACUUCUUUUUCAGUGUAAGCUAUGAUGAUGCACUCAGCAACAUGUACACAUUCCUCCAGACAACAGUCUACGGUGUAGAUGUUGACACCACUAAAGAAAGUCCAAAGGUGAAGGAGUUACGAGCAAAGUUCAUGAACAGAAACUAAAAGACUAUGUUAAAGUGCCACAUUUGCAGAACAUUGCAUGAUGCACCCAGUUCAUUAAUUCAGCACCUUAAGUUUUUUCAUGGGUUAUAUCCUGGCAAAAAGUUUGUUUUUGUUUGUGCACAAGAAGGAUGCUCAAGGCAGUUUAAAAGUUUUAAGGGUUUUAAAAUGCAUUUAAAUACUUGUCAUUAUACUACAGAUCUUGAUGCAAGCAGUGAUGUUAUGCAAGUACCACAUCAGUCAGACUUUGGUGAACAGAGCUCACAACACAACUCCUUUGUAAUGGACCAAGAUGCAAUCAACGAACCAUCAACAUCUCUUAUGUCAAAAGACCAAGCAAAAGAUAUGUGCGCGUCAAUUAUUGCAAAGUUAAAGGGCAGUGGCGUUGCGAACAGUGUAGUGUUAUCUGUUGUUGAAAGUAUGGAGGAGUAUGUUGAUGAAAUUCAUGCAAAUCUUGAAGAACAAGUGCUCAGUGCUUUACCUGCUGAAAAUCAAAUAAGAAGUGCAGUAAAAGAUGUCUUUAGCAAUGCUUUCAAUCCAUUUAGUGACUUAAACACAAAUUCCAAAAUGACAAAAUACUUCAGUGAAAAAUGGGGUGUUGUUGAGCCAAUUGAGAUUCAUUUAGGAGUGAGAUUUGAUUCAAAAAGAAACAAAAAAUCUGGAGUAUAUGAACAGGUUCCAGUAAAUGACACUUUCAUUUAUGUACCCCUGUUAAAAACGCUAGAAUUUAUUUUCAAAAAUCCAGAAGUAUGUAGUCAUAUUAAUAAACCUUCUGCAACAGAUUGUAACUUAUACCAAGACUUCUGUGAUGGAAAAUACUACAAGCAUCACGCACUGUAUUCUAAGUCACAAAAUGCUUUGCAAAUUCAAGUUUAUUAUGAUGACUUUGAAACCGCAAACCCUCUUGGGUCAAAACAUGGGGUUCACAAGCUUGGAUGUUUAUAUUUUACAGUCCGAAAUUUACCACCACGUUUAAAUUCGUCUUUGGUGAACAUUCACCUCAUCUCUUUGUUUCAUUCCCAAGAUUCCAAAAAAUAUGGCAUUGACAAAAUUCUUUGUCCAUUUGUUGAAGAUGUAAAAGUGCUAGAACAACAUGGAAUGAAAGUGUCAUUUACUGAACAACCUCUUUAUGGUACAAUUGCUCAAGUAACAGGGGACAAUUUAGGUCUGAACUCAAUCCUUGGUUAUGUGGAAUCUUUCUCUGGAAACUACUUUUGCAGAAUGUGUCUUGCUGGCAAAGGAUUGGCUCAAACAAUGUUUAGUGAAAAUGAUCCACGUAUGGUUUUGCGCAGCAGAUUGACAAAUGAGGAGCAUUACAAUUAUCUUCGUGAGAAUCCGAGGGAAACGUCAUGUUUUGGCUUGAAACGCAACAGUAUAUUCAAUUCUUUGUCAUACUUCAGUGUUUCAGAUAAUUUUGUUUUAGAUAUCAUGCACGAUGUCUUAGAGGGCGUGGCACAAUAUGAGAUUAAGUUGUUGUUUGGUUAUUUGAAUCAGAACUUCAUUUCUAAUGAAAACAUACUCCAGCGUGUAUAUGCAUUCAAUUAUGGUUUCAUGGACAAAAAGAACCGUCCAACACGCAUAAACCUGUCUAGUAGUGGCAACAGUAUUGGACUUAACGCUAGUCAAACAUUAUGCCUUAGUAGAAACCUCCCACUAAUCUUCGGUGAUGUGGUCCCAGAAGGUGACAGACACUGGCAUUUACUUUUGCUUUUAAUCCACAUAGUAAACAUAAUAUUUUCCCCAAGUAUUACAGAUGGAAUGAUUGUAUUUCUAAAACAUCUUAUUCGAGAGCAUCACCAGCUAUUCAGUGAAUUGUAUCCCCAAAAUAAUUUGAUACCAAAACACCAUUUCAUGAUUCACUACCCUGAGUGUAUACGCCAAAUUGGUCCUUUAGUUCAUGUUUGGAGUAUGCGAUAUGAAGCAAAACACAAAUUUUUUAAGUCCAGUUUGAAAAAUUUCAAGAACAUAACUAAGUCCCUUGCGAUGAAACACCAGAUAGCUGUCGCAUACCAUUGGGAGUCACUCUUUACAAAAGGGAUUGAAUCUGGGCCUGUUAAGUCAAAGAAACUGACUGAUGUUGACAAUGGUCAUUUGAUUGCAGAACAUUUUCAGAUUGAUAUGUUAAGUGAAGUAAAUAUCACUAGUUGGAUUAAACAUGAAGACGUUGAGUUUCACACAGGUCUUGUUGUUUGCACAGGUGUUGUUGAAGAAUUGCCAGUGUUCAACAAAAUUGUUUGUAUAUUUCUGAGGAAUGAAGCUUAUUUUUUGGUAACAGAAAUGGAGACCUCAUUUGUGGAACAUUUACAUGCAUUUGAAGUUACUGAAAACAUGCAUAAUGUUUCAGUUGUUAUGCCUCAUGACUUAAGAUUCUUUAAGCCUUUUGAUGUACAAAUGGCUUAUGGUGCAGACUCUUUGUUUUAUGUUGUACCAGACUGCUGCAUUGUGUAGAUUGCAAGAUAAUGUUUUAAGUUUUGUUUCAGGAGAUUUUAUGUACAAGGUCAUUGUACAGAGUGUUUUAAGUGUAAUGUAAAACCAUGUUAAAGAAAAUAAAAUGUAUUCAUUGCAGCACA